AGACUUUGCCACCAUCAAUCGAAAAUGACUCAUAAAAGAGUCUAGUGCUCACUGUUCAGAUCGCUCGCGAGCACGGCGCGCGUCUCUGUUUUUUUUCUUCAGCUGGUCCUCACACAAGACUGACAAUGCCUCCAAAUCCUAUCAGUGUCCGUGUCAACACGAUGGACAGCGAGCUGGAAUUUGCAAUCCAGUCGGAUGCAACAGGCAAACAGCUCUUUGAGCAGGUGGUUAAGUUGGUGGGUUUGCGUGAGGUCUGCUACUUCGGCCUGCAGUACACAGACACCAAAGGCUUUCUGACAUGGCUCAACCUGGACGACAAGGUGUCCUCUCAAGAGGUGAAGGAAGAAAACCCUCUGCAGUUUAAGCUUCGGGUCAAGUACUACCCUGAAGAGGUGUCUGAGGAGCUGAUUGAGGACAUUACGAAAAAGCUUUUCUUCCUGCAGGUGAAGGAAAGCAUCUUGAGCGAUGAGAUCUACUGCCCCUCAGAGACAGCCGUUCUGCUGGCCUCCUAUUCUGUUCAGGCCAAGUUUGGAGACCACUCACCAGAAGCCCACAGUCUUGGAUACCUAACGAGUGAGCGGCUUCUGCCUCAGAGAGUGCUUGACCAGCACGAACUCUCUGAAGAACAAUGGGAGGAGAGGAUCCAGAUUUGGCACGAGGAGCACAGAGGCAUGCUCAAGGAAGAUGCCAUGCUGGAGUAUCUAAAGAUCUCACAGGAUUUGGAAAUGUAUGGCAUCAACUAUUUUGACAUCAAGAACAAGAAAGGAACAGACCUGUGGUUAGGCGUAGAUGCUUUGGGACUUUACAUCUAUGGAAAAGAGGAGAGGUUGACUCCAAAGAUUGGGUUCCCUUGGAGUGAAAUAAGCAACGUUUCAUUUGAUGACAAGAAGUUCAUAAUCAAACCCACUGACAGAAAAGCUCCUGACUUUGUGUUCUGUGCGUCUCAUCAGUGUAUGAACAAGCACAUCGUGGAGCUGUGCAAGGGAAACCAUGAACUUUACUUGCAGCGCAGGGAAGCUGAUACCACUGAGGUGCAGCAAAUGAAGGAUCAAGACAGAGAGGAGAGACAGAUGGAGAGAGCCGUGUUGGAAAUGGAGGAAAAGGAAAUGGAGGCAACGGAGAAAGAAAAGGAGCGGGAGGAGAGAGAGAAUCAGGAGAUGAUGAUGAAGCUUCACCAGUUUGAAGAGCAGUCCAAUACGUUUGAGAAAGGGGUAAUCCAUGAGGAGACGGCAGAAACAGACGUACAAGUCGACGAGAUCGGACAACCAAACACUGAACUGAAUGCAACUUAUAAGGGGAACGAUAAUGAGGAUCUGAAAGAGCAGUUUGAGAGCCCACAUGUACUGGAGGAAGACAGAGAGCGGGUGGAGGAGGAGGCUGAGAGACAGGAGGCGCUGAUGGAUGAAGAACAACUGGCCAGGCAAGAUGAGGACCAGAUGAAACCUCAGGAGCAGCUAGCAGCAGAACUGGACGAAUACACUGCAGAACUGGACGAAUACACUGCAGAACUGGACGAAUACAAUGCAGAGACUGCCUUGCUGGAGGAAGCCAGGAGAAUCAAAGAAGAAGAAGCUAGUGAAUGGCAGAACAGUGCUGAAGAGGUACAGGACGAUCUGGAAAAGACCUGUGAGGACUUGCAGCACAUUAUGUCGUCCCCUGUGGCUGCUGCCCCCAUGGCUGCUCCCAUGUCCCGUACCAUGAUGGAGGAACCCUUAGGGAACUAUAAUGACGAUCAAGAGGAGAACAACAGCAUCUACAGUGCUGAGCUCCAUGUGGAGGCCAUAGAGGACCACCGUAAUGAGCAGGAGCACAUCCCAGAGGCAGAGGAGAACGAGCACACACAGAAACAGCUCAUGGCCCUGAACUCUGAGCUGGCAGAGGCCCAAGAUGACACUAAGAAGACUAAGAACGACAUUCUGCACAAAGAAAUUGUAAAAGCCGGGAGGGACAAGUACAAUACGCUGCGUCAGAUCCGCACUGGCAGCACCAGGCAGAGAAUAGAUGAGUUUGAAACCUUGUAAUGGCUGAUAAAUUCUCCAAUUAACUUGCCGCAAAUGGCCUCACUUUAUCUUUGUUGUUGAAAAGACUGGAUUAUUUAUACAGUCUGUACACACUACACAGGUAAUGUAGUUCUCAUUUCUGAAAGAUAUGGAAAACACUCUUAUUCAAGGCACUAAAAUGAUAUGUGUGUGCUGCCUUGAGAACACUCUUGAGAUCUUAUUUAUGCUGAUUGUGCCAAAGGCUUUGGCUUGUCAUCUUUUAUGGGAACCUUUUAAGUAGUGCUACCUUAAGAUCUUUUGCAUUCAAAAGAAUGUGGAGCAGCAUCAUGCUUUUAUGUUUAAAAAGGAGUAUCAGAAAAAUGCAAAUAUAUUAUGAUAGAGAAUUAUGGAUAAUUAUCUAAAACAUGAAUAUGACCAAAUAGUGGCCAUAACAAACAAGUCAAGCAUUUUCAAUGCAAAGUUUUUUUUUUUUUUUUGAUGAAAGAAAUGCUGCAUUGUGUAUUAUAUUAGAUUGUACAUUGUCAUUGAAAUAUUAACAAAUGAUUUUGAAUUAAAUCUGCUGUCCAGUUACUGUGGGACAUACAAUG